AUGCAGACACUUCUGUACACCUGUAGAAACAGAAACGAAUGUUCUGGAAAUUAUGGAACGGUCAUCAGACCAGAAAUACUAACUAGAACUGAGCAAACUGCAGUGGGUAUAACAGCUGAUCAAGCUACACCAUUAGCUUCUGCUUUUCCAACGGUUAAGCAAUCUGGCUUUUAUGUAGAAAACGUUGACCUGACCUUAGCUUCUACAUCGAAUCCUGUUGCUUCACCUUCCCAGUUGGUACUAGAAUCAGCUGCAUCGAUCUCUAGUGACACGGAUAGUAAUAUCGGCCCGGAAAAUCCGGAAGAAACACCAAACUCAUCGAACCCACAGGCAUUUUCCGGUUACCACUUUUCACCAGAAGUGCUAAAAAGGCUACUGAGUGGGACCGUUAUCGGAACUAAGAUUCUUUCCAACGCUGAAGCUGUAGAGCUCACGGAAGCUAGCAGGAAGCUUGUCACAGACGUCAUUGCCCGGUAUCACCUGGAAAUUAACCGAAAAUCUUCUUUUGAAGUAUUGGAUGAGUACGCUGAAGUUAUCAUCAAGAUAUUCAAGAAGGAAAAGAAGAGUACAUAUUGCUCACAUAGAAAGCACCGCAAUCCAGGGGGAAAGUUAUACAGCCGUAUCAAUUACAUCAGGCAAUCAGAAAGAAAGAGGAUAAAAGAAGAGGACGAUCAUGUUAAAGGGAUUAAGCAACCGGACACUAACACGCGAGUAGCAAAUCCGGAAGCUUUGAAUGCUAUUUCCUGGUUGCAACUGAACAGAUCUCCUUGGUCAAGUGUGCUCGUGCAAUGGGAAAUCUCCUUUCCAGAGAGAUGCCGUGAUCUGAAAAAUUCAAAUAAGUUUUCUUCGGUUUUGGAAUCUUAUCCUCACUUGUCUGACGAAACGGGUUAUCAACUGCUGGAUAUUGAUUUUCGCUUAUUGGGAUACGGAGACCCAGCUGUCGGCGAAAGGAAGUGGAGAACAUUGAUAGAUGACAUCGCGUUGUAUAUUGCGAAGCACGCUAAGGAUCCAUCAGCAAAAGAGUUGCUACAAAUACUACGCAAUCCGGAUUACGGAAUAGAUGUUCGUCUAUGCGCUACGCUUCUUGGAUUGAAUACGGUGCUUAUACCUGUAAAAGCAGCAAAAGGGUUCAAACCGACUGUAGCCACAGCGCAAAAUGAAACGUUUUGGCUUUGCCUGGAUGGAAAUGCAGCCCAAUCUAAACUAGAAGCUGAGCGAUCUCUAUGGAAUAAGCAAGCAGAGCCGGAAAUUCCAAAGCUGAUCGUGUUUGGAGCUAGCCUCGAAAUAGUAUCGCCAACUUGCUUCACCACAACCUUCGACAUCUGGUAUUGUCAGAAGGUGCGAAACAUUACCGAAAUGGUGGUAUAUUUGUGA